AUGGAGAAAGCAGAUAAGGAAUGUGUUGCUGCUGCGUUAGAGAAGAAAGCGGAUAAGGAAUAUGUUAACGAAAAAGAUAAUGAAAUUAAAGAAAGUGUUGAAUGGUAUCAUGAAUGGAUAUCAAAGAUUUUAAAAACUAAAGCUGAUACAGGAUGGGUUUCAGGAUGUUUAGACCUUAAAGCGGAUAAGGAAUAUGUUAAUGAUGAAUUAAAGACUAAGUUAGAGAAGAAAGCAGAUAAGGAAUAUGUUAACGAAAUAUACCAAAGUUUGAUAGGAACAACGAAAAAUAUUGAAACUAUUGUUGGCGACUUUUCUGUCAAUGAAGAAAAUAAAUAUUUUAGAUGGCAGUUUGUACACUCCUUAAAAAAUGGUAUACGGUGGAAACUCAUUCCGAAAAAUAACAAUGAAAUGUAUGUAAGUUAUAAAAAGAAUGAUGACACACAAGUUAAAGUUCCAUUAGACAACAACUGCUACUUAAACUUAUAUGGAGACGAACAAAAGAAAUAUUUAAGAGUUUAUGAAAUGGUAGAUAUGACAUUGCCUGACCCAGCUCCAGCACCAUAUUAUUAUGACUAUGGAGAUGAUGUCAGAACACCACAUGUAGAUGAACAAAA